AUGGAGAGCCUAGGGGAGGAGCUCGAGAGGGUGGAGAGUGAUCUGCAGGAAAUGCGCACCCCCGGCGAGGCGGGAGUCCCGGUCAAAAAACGGCCAGAGGGGGCCCUCCCAGCGGGCGGGCCCCCAUCCCCUCAACAACCUCUUCCCGGGAAUGAACAGCCAGUCAGGGCUACCCCAGGGUCAGCAGGAGUGGACCUCUGUGCCGCCUCCGGACUCAUACUAACACCUGAAAUGGGAGUCCAAUUGAUAGAAACUUCAUUUAAGGGGCCAUUGCCACCGAAUACUGUUGGCCUGCUUUUAGGGCGCUCUUCAGUGGCCCUUCGUGGCCUUACAGUUGUGCCAGGUGUCAUCGAUUCUGAUUAUAUGGGCAAGGUUAAGAUUAUGGCUCAGUCAUUACAAGGAACACUGAUUAUAAACAAAGGGGAUAGGAUAGCCCAGUUACUUAUUCUGCCCAGCUUGCAUGGUCAAUAUCCAGCUAAGCAACAGUCUCGGGGUGCCCAGGGAUUUGGGUCCACGGGCGAAAAUUUUAUUGGCCUUCAUAUGACCUUGCAGGAAUGA